AUUUCCUGAUUACUUUUCAUCUUGUAAAAUUAAAAAUCUAGUAAUGCGUAAUUUGAUUUUACAAAGUAUUAUAUUUUACUAGUUUAUAAGAUAAAUUUUACGUCUACAAAAAUUUAUCAAAAAACAACAUUUAUUGUUAGAAAUGUCAAAGAUCACUAUCGUCAAUAACUAAAAGUCAUGCAGUAAUCCGCGGAUCAGUCAUAUAAAAGCUGGCAGAACAUCAGAAAAGAACAAUUGUGCAGUACAUCACAAGGAUACGGCUGUUGUGAAGGAUAUAAAUGCAGUUCGUAUUUUUGGCAAGGUACAUGCCAACGUACGGAUUAACGUGAAAUAGAUAGUAUGAAAAUGGCACCGGGAAAAUAAUCAUAACAUACAGUGAAGAUUAAUAAAUGCAUUGUAUCAAUUAAUAAAAAUCUUUUGUUGACAAACAAAAUUUUACUGUACGUGUUUUCAUUCUCAAGAGAUAUUUCUGAUAUUCUUUAGAUAACCUGUACGAAGUCGCAGUUAAUGAUUUAUUAAUUUUUUUAUUAUGAAUAGUUAUUUAUAUUUUUUUUAACUUCGCGAAAAAUUUUAUAAAAACCAAAAUAUCCAAAUGAGUUUUGAAGAAAUUUUGACGCAAUUAAAAAUGACCGAAAAUGAAUACAUUUUAGCAAUUCGUAGUUCAUUGAAAAGACCACAAGUAUUUUUAAAGCGAUCGAGCUUAGAAGUAGGUAUUAAUGCCUAUAACAAAGAUAUUUUGCAUUUAUGGGAAGCAAAUAUCGACAUACAAUUUAUACUCGAUCAAUAUGCUUUAAUGUCUUAUGUAACUAAUUAUAUAUCUAAACCAUUUAGUGGUUUAGCAAAAAUAUUAAGAGAAACUGCAGAGGAUUGUUCUAAUGGUUAUCUUAAUACACGUGAAAAAUUUAGAAAAAUUACUAACGUAUUUAUUAAUUGUGUUAUCGCUCCCUCUAUGUAAAAAGAGUCGACGGUGUAUAUUUAUAAAUACUAAUCCUAUCUCUGAACGUGUUGUAAUAUUGAAAUCAAAUACCGCAUUGAAAAAAUUAAAUGAAUUACAAUCUGACUCUACAGAAAUAUUCGCAGAAAAUGCGUUCCAAAAAUAUAGUAAAAGAGAAAAAAAAUACGAGAAUCUUUGUCUUGCAGAUUUUAUUGCUAAUCAUACAAAGAAACCAAGGAAUGAUGAUGAUGAAAACAGUAAUGAAGACGAUGAAGAAAGUGCGAAAAAGAUAAUUAUAAAAUUAGACAACAAUCUGCUAUUAUCCGAUAUAGAAGGUAUAAAUUACAUCAAGAUGCAAUAAACUACUAUAGAGAACACAUAUUACUAUUUAUGCCAUGGAGAAAUGAAAUCAACGAAGUAGAAAAUGUUGAUCAUAUGAUAACAUACGAAAAAAAUAGAAACAUAAUUGAAACAAAUCGCAAAUUAUUUUCAAUUAUCAGUGAUGAAGAAUUAGAAACUACUAUGGACAAAGUUUUGAAUGAUAUUGAAGAAAAUAAUAUGAAAAAUGACGAAUAUGAAACAAAUGAUAUAUUUGCUGAAGAACAUGUUGACAUUUUUCAACAAGGUGGAGAAAAAGCCAACAAUAAAAAAAAAAAAAAUAAAGAAUCUGUUAUUAAAUUUACAACUCCACCAAGAAUAUUACCUGACCAAAUAAACGAAAUGUUUGAAAAAUUAAAUCCUGAACAAAAAGAAUUUGCAAUGCACGUUUUAAAUUGUUUUAAACUUGAAAAAUUACCAUUAAAAAUAUUCUUAAACGGCUCUGCUGGUGUUGCAAAAAGUUUUCUAAUUAAUUUAUUGUAUCAAUUGAUUACCAAUUUAUACGACAAUAAAGAAGGUAUUGAAUUAGACAAAAUGAUUGUGCUUUUGUGCGCCCCACCUGGAAAAGCUGCAUAUAUAAUAAAUGGUAUGACCCUGCAUUCAGCAUUUUCAUUACCAAUUAAUCAAUAUAGCGGCCAAAUGUCUGAAUUAUCACAUGAUGUAGCUAAUCAGAUAAGAUCAAAAUUAAUUUCAGUCAAAUUAAUUAUUAUGGAUGAAGUAUCUAUGAUUGGAUCAAAAAUCUUCAGUCAAAUAGAUACUCGCUUACGACAGAUAACCGGCAUUAAUAAACCUUUUGGAAACAUAUCAAUUAUUGUAGUAGGUGACUUCAUGCAAUUGCCACCCGUUAGAGACCACCCAAUCUAUCAAAUAUCAAAUAAUCAUGAAUUUAAAGAUUUUUUUCCACGGAACCCAUUAUGGGAUGAAUUUAAAAUUUAUGAAUUAAAACAAAUAAUGCGACAAAAAGGUGAAAUCGAAUUUAUUAAAGCUUUAAAUAACUUAGCUAUCCAACAAAUGACUGAAAAUGAUAUUGUGUUAAUUAGAUCUUGUGAAGUUAUUGAUCCUAACAGUAUACCAAAAACAGCAAUCCGACUAUAUUAA